UGGUGGCUUAGAGGGGAGUGAACGCGCGCGAAGAAGUUUCCUCUCAGAGAGCGGCGGCGGCAGCUUUUCUUCUUUCUCAGCUUUGCAAUGGAGGCAGCUCAUGAGGAUGAAUCUCUCUUGCAUUGUGAAGAUCCAUGUAAGAAAUAUGAACACAACAAGAAACUGACAGGAGCAAGUACAGAUAUUGAGAAGCUUUAUCAAGCAGUGCCACAGCUUGGAAAUGUGUUCAAGAUUAAGGGGAAAAUUGGUGAAGGUACAUUUAGUUCCGUUUACUUGGCCAUAGCCCAAUUACGAGGAGGCCAUGAAGAAAAGGUGGCUUUGAAACACCUGGUACCUACCAGUCAUCCUUUACGAAUUGCUGCUGAACUUCAAUGUCUUAUAGUAGCUGGGGGACAGGAUAACGUCAUGGGAGUUAAAUAUUGCAUUAGAAAAAAUGAUCAUGUGGUUAUUGUUAUGCCAUACCUGGAACAUGAAUCAUUUUUGGACAUCUUGAACUCUCUCUCUUUUGAAGAAGUAAGAGAGUAUAUGUUCAAUCUCAUUAAAGCAUUGAAGCGUAUUCAUCAUUUUGGCAUUGUUCACCGUGAUAUCAAGCCUAGUAACUUCCUAUAUAACAGACAACUGAAAGAGUAUGCCUUGGUUGACUUUGGUUUGGCACAAGGAACUCCCGAUACAAAAAUAGAUCUUCUGAAAGUUGCUCAGUCUGAAGCCCAGCAGGGAAGUUUUCCAUAUAAGCCUCAUCUAACUUUGGGAAGUCAAGGUUCUGUCAUUUCCACGGCACCUAGACAGCUACUUCAUCAGCCAGCCACAAAAACGGCUACUAAAAGGCCUGGUUCCUUUUCACAAACACCUCUUAAACAAGGACACAAAAGAAAGGAGGGCUCUGAGUGCCAUUCUGUUCAGCGAUCUGUCUUUGGUGAGAGAAAUUUCAAUGUCCGAAGUUCCACAUUUCACGACAACUCUACAGUUAAACUCAUAAAGCAUCCCAGGGCGACAGAUAUUGCAUCUAGAAAACUAUCAACAAAGAAGAAAACUUCUACUCUGAACAGUGGCUUAACCAAAAAAGCUGCCAGCGCUUGUCCAGCUAAUUUAACCUGUGAUUGUUAUGCAAAAGAUAGAGUCUGCAAUAUUUGUCUCUCAAGGCGUCAGCAGGUUGCCCCAAGGGCAGGCACACCUGGAUUCAGAGCACCAGAGGUAUUAACCAAGUGCCCUACUCAAACUACAGCAAUUGACAUAUGGGCUGCAGGGAUCAUCUUUCUUUCUUUGUUGAGUGGCCGGUAUCCAUUUUAUAAAGCAAGUGAUGAUUUAACAGCUUUGGCACAGAUCAUGACUAUUCGUGGAUCCAAGGAAACUAUUCAGGCUGCUAAAACAUUUGGUAAAUCAAUAUUAUGCAGCAAAGAAAUCCCAGCACAGGAUUUAAGAAAACUGUGUGAAAGGCUGAGAGGAAAAUGUAUUAACUCUGAUACUUCGAUAGGUGAUGUACAGAUUAACCUUUCUCGGGAGCAUGCGUUAUCAGCUGAAAUAAGCAAUAAUUCAGAGUCUGUGUUGCAGACACCCCAAAACGACACCCACUAUCAGAAGAAAAAUUGUCAUGGAGGUGAUGGCAUAGAUAUUAGGACUUCAGAAAAAGCAGCUGAUCUAAAGGGAUGGGACAAUAUUCCUGAUGACGCCUAUGAUCUCCUUGAUAGGCUAUUAGACCUAAAUCCUGCUACAAGAAUAACUGCAAAGGAUGCCUUGCUCCAUCCUUUUUUCAAAAAUAUGAACCCAUGAAAAGCCACAACUCAUUUUCCUUCACUUACUGCAUAGAGAAGUAACACUAGAAGUAUUUGCCAUCGACAGAUCCUUUAAAUCAAAGCCCCAACCAGGAUCUUUUUGUCAUUUGUUUGGUGUCAUAACAGCAUGCAGCUUGCUGUACCUAUAAAGAUGAUCAACUAUUAAAUAUGCUUCUGAUGGAAGACUGACCACAGACAGUUUAUUGUUGGAUCAGAUUUUUUUCAUGGUAAUGUACCUAAUAAUUUCUGAUUCUGUUGCACCACUGAGAUACUCCCACCAGCAUGUUUCCUGUAGUCAGCACACCUUUGCACCUCAGAGCAAGGCAAGUGAGGUAUGCACACUGUCAGAAACAGCCUGCCUGAAAAUCUCUUGUACUGUGUUGUUUGUGACUCCAAGGAGUACACAUUUCUUGUAUCCCAGCUUCAGAUCCCUGUUCAUAUGUACCUUAAAUGGCUGGCCAAUAUCUGAUUGAUAAAGGAAAUUUUCAUUCUUUAAUUGUCUGUGCUUCACUCUUGCAGAUGUAAAGGAUUACUUAGUGGAAUAGAGAACUUGCAAUAUUUGGUGAAUAACACAUUUGCAUUGUUUCUAUGAAAGAAACAGUUUUGAAGUUCUAGUGAUCCAAAGUAUUGUGUCCUUCUGAAUAAUCUCAUUGUGGAUGAUGUAAACAACUGAAAGUCAUAACUACCUUAGUAUAUCAAUGUUCAAAUGUUUCCUGCUUAGGUUCCCAUUGUCCUGUUCAUUUAGCUAUCGAUGUAAUUUUCAUGUUCAAGCACCUAGGUAGAACAUUAAUGGCAAUUGAAAAGGCCAAGAUUUAGGGCAUCUUGUAAAGCUAUGCUUUGUAUGAAUUGUUUGGUGAAAUGAGGGGGAAAAAUGGUAUUACCUGUAUUCUUGGAACUGCUUUUCUCAUAGAGAAGUGUGACACCUUUUCAUCUCUGCUCCAUAAACAUUUGGGAUGUGUACAAUUGCUUUACAUUAUAUACAAUCUAAAUUUGCUUAUGUAAAAAGCACCUUGUAUAUUUUGCCAGGGUCUAUCAGCCACUCACUCAUUGAUUCUUUCAUAUAGUAUGUCUAAUGAUUGUAUGUCUGAAUUGUGUCAACUUUUAGUUUUGCAAUAAAGGCCAAAAUAAGUU